ACGAUUCUAUAGCUAGAACCAAACAAACUCCAACCAGAGAAGAUUGCUCAUAUCAUCUAUCUUUGCUGUUCUUCUUUCUUUAUUGGCUUGGCUUCAAACAGAGAAUCUUCCAGCCACUUUUUAUACUUCUGGGCUCUUACUCUCUUCUUCACUACUCCUAGCCAUUAAUUAUGGAUAAGUGUUGGUAUUUUUUGUGUAUGAUUAUACUGAUAGAGUCUUUCAAAUUGGUUGAUUCUAACAGAGAAUUAGUCAUAACCCCACCAUUGCCUAUUCUACCUCUUCCCAAGUCAUCCCAGUUGAAAUGGCAGGAGAGGGAACUCAUAAUGUUCCUCCACUUCGGUGUCAACACUUUCACUGAUUCUGAGUGGGGCACUGGCCAUGAAAGCCCUGCUAUUUUCAACCCAACUGGGCUCAAUGCUAGUCAGUGGGUCGAAGUUGCAGUAGAGGCAGGAAUUUCCCUCAUGAUUCUCACUGCAAAGCACCAUGAUGGCUUCUGCUUGUGGCCUUCUAAGUACACUGAUCACUCAGUUGUAAGCAGUCCCUGGAGGAACGGCCAUGGGGAUGUGGUCAGAGACCUUGUCACUGCAGCUGAGGCUCGUGGCGUUGAUGUCGGCCUGUAUCUGUCGCCGUGGGAUCGACAUGACCGACGAUAUGGAAAGGAGAAGCAGUACAAUGAAUACUACUUGGCACAAUUACAAGAGCUUCUCCAUGAAUAUGGGAAUGUGAGAGAGAUUUGGUUCGAUGGAGCAAAGGGCGCAAAUGCGCCAAAUAUGUCGUAUGACUUUGGAGACUGGUUUGCCAUGGUGAAGGAAUUGCAGACUUCAAUUAACAUAUUUUCCGACGCCGGCCCUGACGUCCGGUGGGUUGGAAACGAGAAGGGAUUCGCCGGGAGCACAUCCUGGUCAACCAUCAACCGGACAUCACUGUCCAUUGGAAAUGCAAGCAUUGUUGAUUAUCUCAACACCGGGGACCCGAAAGGGACGGACUGGCUGCCGCCGGAAUGCGAUGUUUCGAUCCGGCCGGGAUGGUUCUGGCAUAAAUCCCAAAAGCCGAAGAAACUAAGCAAACUACUUGAGAUAUACUACAAUUCAGUUGGGCGAAACUGUGUGCUACUAUUCAAUGUGCCACCCAAUACAACCGGACUUAUAUCGGAAACCGAUGUGCAGCGAUUGAGAGAAUUUAGAAACGCAGUUGAUACAAUAUUUUCGACGAAUUUGGCGGAGAACGGCGCCAUAAAAGCUAGCAGCCGGAGGGGAGGGAAGGAUAGUGAUUUUGGCCCCGAGAAUGUGCUAGACAGUGACCAUUUAUGGACUUUCUGGGCUCCAAGGGAGGAAGAUGACGAGCAUUGGCUUGAAAUCAAGGCAGCAAAUGAGGGGCUGAGGUUUAACGUGGUGAGGAUUCAAGAAGCGAUCGGGUUGGGGCAGAGGAUCAAACGGCAUGAGAUUUACGCCGACGGUAAACUGGUCGGAAAAGGGACGACGGUGGGGCACAAGAGGCUUCACAGGCUGGGAGGGGUGGUUCAUGCCAGGAGUCUGAAAGUAAGGAUAUUGGAGUCAAGGGGAGUGCCUUUGGUGUCCUCUUUUGGCCUGCAUUUUGAUCCCUUUUGGCAUCCACCACAUGGCCACUCACUUUCUAAUGGAAGUAGAUUUUGAAAAAUAAAAACAUUAAUUUUAUAAAACAUUUUUUAGAAUAUGAAACUUUUAAAACUAUUUUUAAAUUUACAAUCGCCUUAAAAAAAAUCCCAUUAAAAAUUGCUUUUUGAAAAACGACUCCAUUUGAAUAUUGAAGUUAUCUUUUUUAAAAAAUAAUUUUUAUAUUCAAAAUUGAACGUAAAUUUAAAAAUAAUUUUAAAAGUAUCAUAUUUUAAUAAAUAUUUUUUAAAAUUAUUGUAUUUUUUUUUUUCAAAAAUCCCUCAUCCGACAUGUUUCGCUUCAAACCAUAAUGCGAUUGGUGUAGUAGACCCAUGCCAUAGUGUUAGGCCUCUCUUGUUUGAUGUACUAGAAAAGAAUAAAGCAGUAGUAAAGGUCGAUCAAAUUCUCAAUAAGGGAGCCAUCAAACCAACCAUAUGGGAUGUUGUGACGUUUCUGGUUCCUUUUUGUGAGGUGGGGUUGAGCUUUCAAACCAACCACCCUCCCAACUACUUUCACUGAGACUGUAGAAUGAGGAAUAAAGCUUUUCGCCUUGACAAAAGCAAAGUUAGAAAUCAGUCCUUUUCUUCCCAA